CAUCAAAACAGACCCAAACCAAUUGAAACCAAUGGCCGCACAAUCUUCAGCCUUGGUGUUCAAGGUCCACAGGCGCGAACCGGAGCUGGUCCGACCGGCCAAACCGACCCCAUACGAGGUCAAGCUCCUCUCCGACAUUGACGACCAGGAAGGGCUCCGAUUCCACAUCCCUGUGGUUCAGUUCUACAAGCACGUGCCUUCCAUGCGCGGGAAGGACCCCGUGGCAGUGAUCCGGCGGGCGUUGUCAGAGACACUUGUGCCUUACUAUCCGUUCGCCGGUCGCCUGAGGGAAGGGCCCAACCGGAAGCUCAUGGUGGAGUGCACCGGCGAAGGCGUGCUGUUCGUGGAGGCCGACGCCGAUGUCCGGCUGACGGAGUUCGGGGACCAGCUUCAGCCGCCGUUUCCUUGCAUGAAAGAGCUUCUGUUCGACGUUCCCGGCUCUAACGCCGUCCUUCAUUCCCCUCUCCUACUUAUUCAGGUGACGCGCCUCAAAUGUGGCAGUUUCAUCUUUGCCCUCCGUCUUUCCCAUUGCAUGAGUGAUGCUCCAGGUCUUGUCCAGUUCAUGUCCGCCAUCGGCGAAAUCGCUCGAGGAUCCCAUGCUCCCUCUAUCCCUCCGGUGUGGGAAAGACAUUUUCUUAGUGCACGCUCGCCUCCACGUGUGACACAUACCCACCGCGAGUACGGACAACAAGCCACCAUCGAUGACAACAAAACAAUGACAACAAUGCCUCACAAUUUCGAUAGCAUGGCGCAAAUAUCCUUCUUCUUCGGCUGCUCCCAACUAUCCGCCCUUCGUCGCCACGCUCCUCCGCACCUCCGCCAAUCCUACUCCCGAUUCGAGAUCUUGGCAUCCUGCCUUUGGAAGUGUCGAACGGUCGCCCUUCGGCCCGACCCCGAAGAAACGAUGAGGAUGAUCUGCCUUGUCAGCAUGCGAGGAAAAUUCUCCUAUCCACCACUGCCCAUAGGUUACUAUGGCAACACCUUCGCCUUCGCGGUGGCAGAGGCACCGGCUGGCGAGCUAUGCCGUAACCCAUUAGGUUAUGCUUUAGAUCUCGUGAGAAAGGCCAAAGGUGAGGUGACAGAGGAGUACAUGAAGUCAGUCGCCGAUCUAAUGGCGUUGACAGGACGACCUGAUUUCUUGAAGACAAGGUGGACAUACCUAGUGUCAGAUGUGACUAGGGCCGGGUUUGAGACCGUGGAUUUCGGGUGGGGCUCGCCGGUUUACGCUGGCCCGGCUGAGCCAGAUGUCGGGCCAGUUCCGGGAUUAGCGAACUUUUGUAUACCGUGUAAGAACAAGAAAGGGGAGGAUGGGAUUGUUCUGGCUAUUAGCUUGCCGACGCAGGCAAUGGAGAGGUUUGUGAAAGAGCUCGAAAGCAUGUUGAAGUCACCACCAAAUGAGACCAAAACGUUUACUCAUGUUAUGUCAGCUUUAUAA